GCCCGCACACACAUACACAGUGCCAACUCUGCCCAUAAAGAUGCCCUCCCAUGAUCACCAUGCAGUGGGCUCCUCUACAGACACAUCUAUAGCUGCAGCCAUGAUGAUUCACAGGAGGAUGAUGAGCAGCACAGGGAAGAGACUCCCUCCAUUGUCCAUUCUGAAUUACCUGUUAGCAAGGCAGAGAGACUCCUCCCUGCAGUGAGGUCACAUAGCAAGAGAGAGAGGGGGGAAGGGAGGAGAGAGACAGCCAGCCAGUGCACCUGAGACAGCUGCAAGGAAGAGAUCUCCUCCAGCGCUGCAUGCAGCUCUGCCCUGUGCACCCCCAUUCUCCAUAGCUGCCCCUCCGGGUGGUGCUGAAGGACAGCUCUACAGGAGGACCCCACUUACCCCAGCAGAGGGGUGGGAGCACUGAUACCAGGAGGGAUUAUCCAGGCUGUCUCAUUGCCCUUGUGCUGCUGCUGCUGUGUGCACUGCCUGCAGGAAUCCCUGUGUGCCUCUUUCCCCCAUUCAUAUGCCCACCCUCCCCUGAUGGGUCUUCUGCACUAGCCCUGCCACCAACACAGGAGGACAAGGAUGAAAAAGAGCUUUCUGGUGCCAGAGAUUAAACCCUUGGAUGUAUAUGAUGUACAGCAGGCCAGGAUCUCUGCCUCACUCAGCUGGCUCAUCUACAAAUGCUAUGGCAAAGAUGUGCCAGAGGAGCUGUGCUCGCCCUGCUACACGGACCAGUAUGAACAGGAGCAUGUGAAGCCGGCGGUGAUCAGCCUCCUAUUGUCUGCUGAUGUCUACUGCAAAACUUAUCGCAGAGCCCUACCCCACGACAAUGCCCCUCCCAGGGACAAUGCCAGUCUGCUGCUCCUCCUGGCAAGGAAGGGGUUUCCCCCAGUGCACCAGGGGGAGCCUGUGAAGACCAAUGAUCUGAGGGAGAAGCCCAUUCGUAUGGCUGUCCAUCUUGCUGUGAUUGAUUCCAUGAUGAUCGUAUAUUCAAAUCACUGCUCAGAGUCUCUUACGUCUUCCGAGGAGCCAGGACUGGGAGGCUUGGAGGUUAAGCUGCUUUCUUGGGUUGAUAAGAUAAAUCAGCAGUUACUGGAGGAAUCUGAAAGGGAACAAGGUCGAAAGCAGCUCUCAGCCCCCGAGGGUCAAAACCAGGCCGGGUGCCCCUCCCGCUGGUACUGGAAGCUGGUCCCUCAUGCCAUCGCUUUUUGUUUAAAGGAGUCUGGGAAUAAGCCUCCUGUGAUCCGGUAUCGGAAAGACAAAGCUCUAUCCAGACAGACACCUUGUUUUACAUCCGUAUCAUCCUUAAGAGACUUGUCUAAUGGGAGUGCCCUGGCUGCCAUGGUCCACUAUUACUGCCCGGCCGAGCUCAGACUGCAGGAUGUCUGCUUGAAGGAUACCAUGUCAGUGGCGGACAGUCUCUACAACUUGCAACUCCUGAGAGAUUUUUAUGCCAACCAUCUGCCACCAUCUUGCCCACUUUCCCUGGAGGAUCUCCUGUAUGUGCCCACUGCCCUGCGGGUGAAUCUCAUCUCGCUCUUAGCGGAUCUUUAUUACUGUUUUGAAGUCUCGAAACCCGAGUUUGUACAACCUAAAGAUUUGCAGUCCGGAGAUGAGUGUACAACGCCUCUGAGUGCGCAAAGUGGGGGAGGUUCUCCUGUAUUUAACUUUCGUCCUGGAACCACAGGAUCGUUGCCUCACUCAUCCUCAAUGUCCCACAUGGAUGGAUUUGGAAAGACCUGGUCAAAAAACCCAUUAAGUCAUCCUCUGUCCCAAGCAGUCUCCUUCAGUAUACCAUUUGGGCUUGACAGUGAUGUUGACAUUGUAAUGGGGAACCCUGUAAACAUUCUUCGCUCUGUUAGUUCCGACAGUCUGACUCCUCCAGUAUAUGCUCCAUCCUCACCAAACUGUGUUACACGUGCUACCUAUACACCUACUGAGGAUGCAGCAGAAUUCCCAAUGCAACCCCGCACCUUUAAAAAAGUUCCAUUGACUGGAAAGGGAACCAAUGACCUGCAGGUUCAGGAGAAACCUAAUGGUGGACAAGGAACACAGACUGAUCUCCCAACCAUUGAAGAAGCAUUGCAGAUUAUCCACAGCUCAGAAACCCGGCUUCUCCCAGAGGGAGCACCAGAUGGUUUCUAUCUUCACUCACCAGAGGAAUCUAAGCCAUCAAAAGUAGAAGAGGAGCCUGUCCCAAACUUAGGCGUCUACAGGACACAUGAUGGUUCUAGAAGGCUCUCGAGAGAUGAUGACUCUGUUCUACGGGAUAACAGCCUGGAUUCUGAUGCAGAGGAGACUAGACAUACUCAAGAAUCCAGCCGAAGCUCCCUCAGCUCCCAGGCUGAUUCAUCCGCUGGGUCAGGUGCAAAAAUGACAAGUUUUGCUGAACGCAAGAAGAAACUUGAUGCCAAAGUUAACGCGGAUGGUUCUCCAUCUUCAGGACCGAAUAACUCUCCAAAUACAACCACGUGGGCACAAAAAGCUGAAGAGUCCCCAGUUAAGAGCCCAGCCUUGAACUCUGAGAUGAACCAGCUUGGAGCUAGGCUUGAAGAGAAAAGAAGGGCUAUUGAGGCCCAGAAAAAAAGAAUAGAAGCUAUAUUUGCAAAGCAUCGACAACGUCUUGGAAAGAGUGCCUUCCUCCAGUUAAAGAAGAAGGACGGAGAAGAAGAUGAAGAUGAAGGACUGGAUGAUUUGAAGUUGUCCCCAGAUGAGGGGCUUCCUAAGGAAAACGAAGAUGAAAAAUUUGGGAGACCAAGUGAAGAGAAAAAUAAUGGGAAGACUUCUGAUGCAGCUGUGAAACUUCGCAGUGAGAAACAAGUUAGCUUUUCCCCAGAUGUCACAAAAACAGGACUAGAGGAGAAUCUUGGCGAGUACAACCGAGCAGUAGCAAAGCUGAAUUCUGCACUUUCCUCUCUCCAGUCCGAUAUGAAAAGACUGUCAGAUCAGCAAGAGAAGCUGAUGAACAAAGAAAGUAAAGCCUGGGUUAUACCAGCCCCGGUGAAGUCCUCCCCUCCAGCCCAUCGGCCAAGGUCAUCACCCCCCACUAGACUUACAAGAGAGAUCCAAACGCCUCGGUCCUCCCCGGCAUCUCCUUCACAGUCACCUUCACGCAUGGCUCCAAAAUCUCCCCAGCCAAAUAUCAGAAGAUCACUGCAGACACAACCGAUUGCACCUAAGAGUCCCAAAAAUACUCGCCCUGUUGAGCUUAAAAUUCCUCCUUUAAACAGAGUACUCACUGCUCCCCAUAAUGUGGACACCAUACCCCACUUACGUAAAUUUUCCCCCAGCAAACCUCAAGUCCAAACACGGUCCUCUAUACAUUUCGCGGAUGAAGAGCAAAAUAAUGAAAAUGGGGAAAAUCAGCCGACAAAUGAGGUUCAUGGGAACUCGCGCCCCGUGGCUUCAGUGGUCCCUCAGAGCAGUGGAAUUGGAUUAUUGGCUGGAGAAGAUAAGGAAACAAAACGGAGUAGUUUGAUUGAGAUCCCAUUAUCUGAACUGCGGCCUACAGAUGAUGCUGAAGAAGAUGGAAUGGACUCCUUAGAGGGAACCCCAGGAGAGGAGGGAGGGUCGCAGAGAGGACUUGGAUUCUUCUUUAAGGGUGAAGAGCGGACGGAGGAUGAGAUGGCACAAAGGAGGGCGGCUCUGCUGGAGAAACAGCAGAAGAGGGUAGAGGAAGCACGGAAAAGAAAGCAAUGGCAAGAAGAAGAAAAAGAAAAAAAAGAGGAGACUAAUCGACAGCAGGAGGAACCAGCACCAAAAGAGGAAGAGGCAACGCAUCGUAGAGGGGAUUUCACUAAGUUAGAGUACCAACGUCGGCACCAGCUGAAGAUCAUGGAAGAUCUGGAUAAAGUCCUUCGACAAAAGCCUAUGACUGUUAGGGCUGUUAAAAAACCUCGCCCCAAGACAGUUUUCCAUGAUGACUCUGUUAUUUCCAGAAGUCCUGUACGGGGACUUUUAGGUUCCAAAUUGAGUAAAGUCUAUUCUCAGUCCACCAUGUCCCUCUCUACUGUGGGAAAUGACAAUGGAGGUGGAACAUAUAGAAAAUCGCCUCGCUCACCAAGGGCGGCCUCCCCCUCCGGACUAGUGUCUCCCAACCGAGGCCUCUUUGCACAGAAUGGAGACAAGGACUGGGAUACUGGUUCUACUGCAUCCUCUCCGGCCUCCAUCCCAGAGUAUACAGGUCCCCGUCUGUACAAAGAGCCAAGUGCAAAAUCAAACAAAUUCAUCAUCCAUAAUGCAUUGUCCCACUGCUGCCUUGCAGGCAAAGUCAAUGAACCGCAGAAGAACAAAGUGCUAGAGGACAUGGACAAGAGCCAAGCCAACCAUUUUCUCAUCCUGUUCCGUGACAGCAGUUGCCAGUUUCGAGCAGUUUAUACAUUUUCCUCCGAGACUGAUGAAUUAACCCGUCUGGCAGGUUACGGUCCACGAACGAUUAAUCUGUCCAUGGUGGAAGAGAUCUACAAGUACAGUUCGGACCGCAAACGCUUCACUCAGAUACCCAGCAAGACCAUGUCCAUGAGCGUUGAUGCUUUCACUAUACAAGGUCACUUCUGGCAAAGCAAAAGGCCCACGACUCCCAAAAAAGCCGGUACUCCUAAAUGAAUAUCCAGCUUUGGGACUGUACCACGUUGGGGAAAGCCACUUCUGUUAGGUCAUGUUCCUUUAUUCUGCCGCUUUUUAGUUUUGACCCCAUUGGGUUUUGAGAUCACUAUCUAUUGGAACACGGGGAGGGAACUAGAGUCUGCAUUGUAGGCCAGGUAGGUGGCUGCUCCCAACGCGUUUACUAGAAGGUCUAACACUGUAGACACCAGUUGUAUUGUCUUCGAUGUGAAAUUAGGACUAUUGCAAAUGACUGGUGUUCUAUGCCGUCUAUGAAUGUAGGCCCAGAAGCUUCCACCUUCCUGAUAUCUUUUCGACCUCGAUGAUGUGCCAAGUUGGUGCCUUCCAUGAACUUGGUGCCACAUAUCUAUCACUGCUGUAGUUAACACCAGUUGCAUCGGUGCCUUCUCAGCUUUAUACAGUACAGAAUGGCAGAUGUAUCUGCUCCUAAAGAUGGUCUGAGUUUUUUUUUUGCAUUCUCGGUCUUCAUCUUUUGUUUGCUUGCUGCCUUCUGAAGCGAUAAGGCCGGUUGACCGCUCGGUCUUCUUCCGGCUGAAGAUAGCAAAAGAUGUCAUGUCGGUAUGGCUACUGCCACAACUGCUUUCCUUCACUGCCUUUCACUUAUUUCGCGCACUUUUUUCACUGCCUGUUUAUCAUUUGAAUAGUAACCUUGGUGAGUAUCCACGGCCUUGCUUCUAUCGACUGCCCUUCAUCACAUACAUGGCUCCACUGGUAGCUUAUGGUUCCGUGUUGUGCCGCAUGUCCAGUGCUACGUACCAAUGAACUGCCCUUGUCUUGUAUCUGUGCUUGCUUUCAUCAAGCUUUACAAUAUCUCCUCCAGGUUUUGGAUUGCUUCGUGUAGGAAGGGUACAUUUUUUUUGAUGUUUUUAGGUAAGCUGGUGAGCCAGUUUCUUCAUUAAUAUAUUUUUCUUUUUUUUUUUUAUUAUAAAUCCUAAGUUACAGGGGCUGGAUCCUAGUAGCCUAGGUGCCCCUGACUUUGAAAAACUAACGGAAAAAAAAAAGGCAAAAUAAAGAAACGUUGGUGUUUACGUUCUAGCCACUAGGUGGACAAUGAAUCGUGUGGUACCUCUUAAGCCCUUUUCUUUUGUCUUGAAUAUGUAGAUAUUUGUAUAUUCUAAGUAUCCGGGCUACAACCUGGAUUGAAACUGUUUAUAUAUGUAUGAAUUGUGGUGGGAAUGGAUUAGGAGCUGCACACAUUCUAUCCCUUUUACGCAAAUUCCUCUUCUUUCCAAUAAGCUUACGUGUCUGUAUCCUCUUGGGGAAGUAUCAUUAGACGGACGCUUACACAUAAGGUGUGACUGCUUUCAAGUGGGAUACGUCUGCAACCCAUGGAUGUACUGAGCCAUCUCCACCCAAUGGGUUAAUUCAUUGUUUCCCAGCCAGGGUGCCUCCAGCUGUUGCAAAACUAUACCUCCCAGCAU